AACACAGAAAAGUAUAGAUCUCCAUCAGGCAGCACCAAGACCAGGAAGUAGCAAUAGUUUCCAACCGCUUGGAGCUGAUAUUCUCUAUUGGUGGAUUAACACUCCGAGUCCGGUGGUGCAGAGCUGGUGGUGCAGAGAGGAAGGUAGUCAGUCAAAGGGAAGUUCCGGAAGUCGGAAAUAAAGUGCCACUGCCUUGUUUCCCUCGGUCCAUGGUUGAAUUAGUUCUGCUGAUAACUUGGUUAGACGUUCAAAGAAACAUCAGGCAAUAGUUGAAUCCCCGCCGCAACUGCACCUCGGUGAAGUGGAUAGUAGUGCUUCCGUCGGUGGAUAGUGGAUCUUUUUGAACUAAUUAUGUGAUGGAUUCUGAGGAAUCUUAGAAUUUUCGACGGCCCUUGAAGUAAUUUCAAAGGAAAAAAAGAACAAAAUGUUAUUCUAGUAAUUGUUGUUUCAAUAGGAAAACUAGUUGAGAGAAAAAAAUGUUCUCUUUGGCAACAUAGUGAACUAUUUAUUUUAGCGAGACAAGAAAACACAACCGCCAAGCAACAGGUGGUUCUUGGUGGGCUCUAACAGGUACACCGCCAGCUUUAGCGUAGGUGGCAUUGCACGGAUCUUGUUGUUGGUGAAGUAUUCCGGCCAGCUGCUUUAUGUUCGAGCUGGAUGACCCACGGGAAAAGCUAAGACUACUGGAGACUCCAGUGAAGCUGGUGGAAAAACCAGUCCAACCAACCGUAACGUGGUAAUGUGAUAUCGGAAGCGGCGAAGAACAGGUUAUUGUAAUGAUGGUGCAGUCUGCGGUGGAGUUUUGAUCAAUCGUAUCAGUAAGUGGUUCGUUCACCGGACGGAAAAUAAGUGUGGAAUUUCCUGUAAUAAUCAAAGAUCCAGAAAGCCCAAACGCACUGGACCGGCCUCAGUUAAUGAUGGGUGGAGUGACUCAAACAGGUAACAGCGGAUCCGGCAAGCUACCCAAGGACUCUGGCUGCGGUGGUUCAGGAGACGGUGGCGAAAACGGGGUCGAUUCGGCCAGUGGCGAGAACGUCGCCCUGGCGAUGACCACACUGGGCCAGUUGAAGGUUGCUUCGAAGAAAGGCGCUGGCCACUGCAAUGACCGGACGGAUUCGGACCAGCGCGAGACAUGGUCCGGAAAGGUGGAUUUUCUGCUCUCGGUCAUCGGAUUCGCCGUUGAUUUGGCCAAUGUGUGGCGAUUUCCGUACCUCUGCUACAAGAAUGGUGGCGGUGCUUUUCUCGUCCCCUACUCUGUGAUGCUGCUGGUCGGUGGAAUUCCACUAUUCUACAUGGAACUGGCACUGGGCCAGUUCAACCGGAAAGGUGCCAUAACCUGCUGGGGUCGACUAGUUCCUCUUUUUAAAGGUAUCGGUUACGCGGUUGUACUUAUUGCCUUCUAUGUUGACUUCUACUAUAAUGUCAUCAUCGCGUGGUCCUUGCGAUUCUUCUUCGCGUCGUUCACGAGUAAUCUUCCCUGGGAGUUGUGUAAUAAUGAAUGGAAUACGGUCCUGUGUAGACCGUUCGAAUUCGGCGGGCACAAUAAGACGGCCGAAGCAGCGGCUGCAGCUGCUGUCGAGGCCCUCAAUGGAACACUGUCCAAUGUGACCACAGUGGUGGUCAAUGAGACAAAAUUUGCAUCGGCGGCUUCCGAAUAUUUCAACAACUACAUUCUGGAGCUGGACAAAAGUGACGGACUGCAUGAUCUCGGGUCGAUCAAAUGGGAUAUGGCUAUGUGUUUACUGGCAGUCUAUUUAAUUUGUUAUUUCUCGCUGUGGAAGGGUAUCAGCACUUCCGGAAAGGUUGUCUGGUUUACGGCAUUAUUUCCGUACGCUGUUCUGCUGAUUUUACUAAUACGAGGCAUCACUCUGCCCGGAUCGGCCACCGGCAUUCAGUACUAUCUGAGCCCCAACUUCGAUGUGAUAUACAAACCGGAAGUGUGGGUAGAUGCCGCCACCCAGGUGUUCUUUUCGCUGGGACCUGGCUUCGGAGUACUGCUGGCGUACGCUUCUUACAACAAAUAUCACAACAAUGUCUACAAAGAUGCCCUUCUAACGAGUUUUAUAAAUUCUGCGACCAGUUUCGUAGCCGGUUUCGUGAUCUUCUCCGUACUUGGUUACAUGGCACAUGCUAGCGGGAAGAACAUUGAGGAUGUUGCCACCGAGGGUCCUGGAUUGGUAUUUGUGGUAUAUCCGGCAGCUAUUGCCACCAUGCCUGGAAGUACCUUUUGGGCGUUAAUUUUUUUCAUGAUGUUGCUGACGCUGGGAUUGGAUAGUUCGUUUGGUGGUUCAGAAGCCAUUAUCACCGCACUUAGUGACGAAUUUCCAAAAAUUGGACGAAAUCGUGAGGUUUUCGUAGCUUGUCUGUUUUCACUGUACUUUGUCGUGGGAUUGGCUAGCUGUACGCAGGGAGGAUUCUAUUUCUUCCAACUGCUGGAUCGGUAUGCGGCUGGUUAUUCAAUUCUGAUAGCUGUGCUAUUUGAAUCAAUUGCUGUUUCGUGGAUUUAUGGAACGCAACGUUUCUGUGGUGACAUCCAGGACAUGAUCGGCUUCGCUCCCGGCAUCUACUGGCGCGUAUGCUGGAAGUUCGUGGCCCCACUAUUUCUACUCUUCAUUAUUAUUUACGGUCUGAUCGGAUACGAACCGUUAAGCUACGAAGACUACACCUAUCCACCGUGGGCCAACGUGCUGGGUUGGUGCAUCGCCGGUUCGUCGAUGAUAAUGAUCCCGCUGAUAGCUUUCUACAAACUGAUAGUAACACCGGGAUCCUUCCGGCAGCGAAUGAGUAUCCUGACGACACCCUGGCGUGAUCAGCAGCUGGCAGUGAACGGGAUCACGGCAGAACCGGCACAGGUUCGGCUUACCAACUCCGACGAAGGUGAAGAAGUUUGAGUGCGAUCAUUCUCGCUCAAGUUUGAUAUCUACUUUGUUUGAGCGGCUCAAAUUGCGGCUGCAAUUUGUUGUAUGUUACAUAUUCUAUAUAUUUAGGAUUAGAGCUAGGACAAUUUCUACGCAAAGAAACCGGACAUUUAUGUGGGCUUCUGUUUGCAAUGGAACGCUAGAGAACUAUUAUACGAAUUUACCUUAGAGUAUACGGCUCAGUGUCUAAGCCCACUCCUAGAGUGGGUGUCGGAAUCAGCGAAGCGCGGAUUUUGAUUAGCUUACGAUCAUUAGUAUUAAGCUCCAAUGCUGUAUAGAUAAUAGUUAACAAUGAAUUAAAAAAAAAGUGGGGAAAAGAACAAGCGAAAAACAGUAUUUUAACUGUAAAUAAACUUUUAUUAAGGCGGCACAACCGACAGAUCGAUUUUUGUACAUACAACUCGCGAUAUAACUGUCGGUAGCCAUAAGGUAGGAUUUAGGUGUUUUCGUUGCAGACGGGUGUCUGUAGAACUGUUAACAAUUUCAUGUGACCGUUGAUGAUAGAUUAUUAGCUUGAAGAAACUGCCAUGCGGUAAAGCUUCACUAGACAAACCACAAUGUUCGUGUCCCGACUAGGGUGGUAUAGCGCAUGUGCCGCUACUCCCCAUCGCUGUUGCAGCUUGUUAUACCCCAUCAAGUUUCUUCCUAUCUUAUAGCGAAAUGGAAACACUCGGAACUGUGAGAGCGGUUGGAUACGUCCGCAUCAAGCUUGACAGCCAUAAAGCUUGGUACAGAUAAAAAGGCAACUUUCACGAUUCGGUCGGUUCCAGUUUCACCAUAAGUGUAGAUGUUAGUUUUGUUUCGACUUUUCUGAGAGCUAUUCUUGCACUAUACAGUUAAAAGUUAACCGAAUUGAUUAGAUAAACUGAAAAUUAUAUAUUGAGAAGCAAAUAAAUCAUGUUGGAUAUGUAAAAUAAAUACAGGAAAAUUAUACCGCUGUUAAACAAUAUUUAGGAAAACAUUGAAGCGUAUAGCGUAACUAAAAUGUGAUUAAGAGCUGAUACAACACAUCCCAGUUAGUGUAGUAAGUACUAACCUAUAUCCAAAACUAAGAACUUCUAUCCGCUAUUGUGCGUAGCAUUUCUUAAUUGUUCGUCGUAGGGUUAUUGUUGUGAAAAUUGUUUUUGUUGGUCGUCAGGGUAGAAAAACUUAAAACACCAUCAACUUUAUUUAGAAGAAUUUGGGCUGGAUUUGAGGUGAUGCGAACAGAUUUAUCGAACCUUAUUAUUCUUUAAAAAGAGUGAUUAGCUGUCGUCCGAUCAACUCUGUUAUUACAAAUUUACGAUGUGUCGUGCAACACAUUUGUUCCAUUACGUAAUCUUUAAACCGCGUAAUUUAAUGUUCUUCAAACACUGCUCGUUCAGCCAUCGAGAAGUAUUAGAAGACUAUUUCGUAAAAUUCUUUAGAAAACAAUUCUCAUUAAUUCAAAUAAACUAAGGUCUAAAUUUUUAUUAUUAGUCUACACCGAAAACGACUAUGACAUUUAUAAGGGCUUAAUAAAUGUAACAAAUUCAUAUCGCGUACCAAAACACCAAAUUGUGCACCUUCUUAUUCAGCCAUUAAAAAGAUGUUCAAUAAGGAGGCUUUGGUAUGCUUUUUGUUAUUAUCACAUUAUUCAACCCUUAAAGUGGCUUAAUUUUAAUAAAAGUAGGCAUUCUUUUAUUGUUAUAUGUGGAAAAUAAAGCAGAAUGUACCAUUGUACAAUUCACAAACCUUCUAUGGUAUCAUAAGUAAUUUUUAUUUGUUUUUUUUUUUUAAUUUAAAUUUCGUUCGAUAAAUUUGCUCUACCAUAAAAUCGCUCCAAUUCUUCUAUUUCACAAGCAAUAGGGUAAAAAAUCUUGCGAAAGAAAACGAAACUUUAGUCAAAGCUGAAACAUCUAGCUAAACAGUGUUUCCCCCUUUUUGUGCAUAACAAAUAUUGAGCAGAUUGGAACUAAACUAUGAACGUACAGAAAAUUAUCAAUAAUAGUGUUCCCCUUCUGCAGAUCGUAAAAAACGCAUAAAUGCAUAAAAAAUCUUUGGAAUAAUUGUUAUAGAAUAUCCCAUCGAAUGUGCACAAUUCAUAAAAAUCCAAGACGAGUGAUUGAGUAUUGAUGGGUAGAACAUAGCCGAAUUUCGGGCCGUAAAUUAUUUUAGUGUUUUGAUUAAUUUAAGAACUGCUUUGGUUUCGCUAGUUAGUGCAAUGUUUUCAGCGAGUGGUCAGGAAUAGCGAACAACGAAUCACCAGUAUUUAUUCGUACUUCGGUAGCAGUAUUAUAACAGUUUGAAGCGUAGAGAUGGAAUCAAUUGAGGAAUUUGAUGUGUUGAGUAGAAAUAAUGAAUGGUUAAGUUUUAGACAGAGAUAUACUUUCGUUUUGCGUUGGUAUACAUUGAGGGCAAACUAGUUCUUCUACGAUAUAUUUCAGUUUAUAUUCUAUAGUUUGGAACAAUUUUGUGUAAUAAAGUUAAUUGAGUU